UCUACCCAUCCCCAGCAAAUGACAAGGCUGGAGCGCCGCGCCCACCGCACACUUAUUGCCAAAGUCCCAGGUGAACUCGUGGCGAGAGGGAAAUGCGCGUCCCGGGCGCGGGAAUCAGAAAUACCAGCAGAGGAGGGGUACUGUGACUUUAAUAGUAGGCCAAAUGAAAACUCUUAUUGCUAUCAGCUUCUUCGACAACUAGAUGAACAGAGGAAGAAAGAUAUUCUUUGUGAUGUCAGCAUUGUGGUAAACGGGAAAAUCUUUAAAGCUCACAAGAACAUCCUGGUUGCAGGCAGCCGUUUCUUUAAGACUUUAUAUUGUGUCUCAAACAAAGACAGCCCUAACCAAAAUAAUACUACCCAUUUAGAUAUUGCUUUAGUUCAAGGUUUUUCAGUCAUCUUGGACUUCUUAUAUUCGGGUAACUUGGUGCUCACUAGCCAAAAUGCCAUUGAAGUGAUGACAGUGGCCAGCUACCUUCAGAUGAGUGAAGUCGUUCAUACUUGCCGAAAUUUCAUUAAAGAUGCCUUAAAUAUAAGCAUUAAAUCCGAAGCUCCAGAGUCUGUAGUUGUGGACUAUAAUAAUAGAAAAUCAAUCAAUAGAGAUGGUUUGUCUUCAUCACGGGAUCAAAAAAUUGCCAGUUUUUGGGCAACACAGAAUCUUACCAAUUUGGCAAGUAAUAUAAAAAUAGAGAAUGAUGAUUGUAAUGUCAGUGAGGGCCAAAUGGAAAACUACCAAACGAGUGACAGUAAUUGGGCCCAGCGUGGUUCUCCUGAAAUGGCUGAAAAUGAGUCUCCAGGUCAAGGAAAAGUGUUUAUUUGGAAUAAUAUAGGUUCCCAGGGAAUUCAAGAGAGUGGCAAAACAAGGAGGAAAAAUCAAACUACGAAGAGAUUUGUUUAUAAUACAUCACCUAAUAAUGAAACAAAUUUAGAAGAUUCCUCAGUGAUGCAGCCACCUGUUGCCCAUUCAGAAGAGAAUAAGACCCUAACCAUCAAGCAAGAACCAGAUUUGGAUGGUGCUCUGUUCUCAGGGCCAGAUGGUGUAAAUGCAAAUCUAUUGGCUGAAGCCUGGUGUGCCCAAGAUGGAGGUGAUGCUGGUACUUCACAUGAUUAUAAGUAUGGUUUGAUACCUGGCCUGUCAAGUGAUUACAAGUAUGGAUUGCUACCAGGUACUUCAAGUGAUUAUAAGUAUGGAUUGCUACCAGGUGCUUCAAAUGAUUUCAAGUAUGGAUUAUUGCCAGAAUCUUGGCCAAAACAAGAAACUUGGGAAAAUGGUGAAUCAUCUCUAAUCAUGGUGAACAAGUUAAAAUGCCCUCAUUGUAGCUAUGUAGCCAAAUACAGACGAACACUAAAAAGGCACUUGCUCAUUCAUACGGGAGUGAGAUCAUUUAGCUGUGAUAUUUGUGGGAAGUUGUUUACUCGGAGAGAACAUGUAAAAAGACAUUCCUUGGUGCAUACAAAGGAUAAAAAAUACAAAUGUAUGGUGUGUAAGAAGAUCUUCAUGUUAGCAGCCAGUGUUGGAAUAAGACAUGGAUCUCGCCGCUAUGGUGUUUGUGUAGACUGUGCAGAUAAAUCACAACCAGGAGGGCAAGAAGGUGUAGAUCAGGGACAGGAUACAGAAUUCCCUCGGGAUGAAGAAUAUGAGGAGAAUGAAGUACGAGAAGCUGAUGAAGAGCUGGUUGAUGAUGGAGAAGAUCAGAAUGAUCCACCUCGAUGGGAUGAAUCAGAAGAUGUUUGUGUGCCCCUGGAUGAUUAACUGAGCUACUAUACUCCUCAAGGAUGCUGCAUUUGGACAUAAUACGAAUCGACAAUUUGGAUUGUUGAACUUGAAGGCUUGCAAAAUAUGGUACAUGCUGGAUGGUAGUUAUGUUGCUGUGAAAACUGUAGGGUCAAAGCCUUAUAGCAAAAAAAAAAUUUUUUUUUAUAUUUGCACAGGACUGUACAGCAAACAGCCAUGUGGUUGCUUACAUGGAGUCCCCACAUAUUCAGUCAGUUAUCAAAGUAAAAUAUUUUUAUUUAUAGGAUAUACAGUAACUGUUUGGGUCCUAUACAAAUAUAGUACCUGUCCUUAAUAGCUUACAUUCAUGUGCCACUUGAACAUGAAUGAAGGAAAUCCAUUUAUGGAAGUACAGUGACAGCUGACCCAAUCACUCUGUCCAUCAAACCACUCAGGCUAGUUUGUACUAGUAGAGUUUUGUUUCUAUUUUUAUUUUUAUUAAUUUUAUUUUUUUUAAUACAGAUUUUUCAGUGAGGGGCCUUUUCAACCCCAUUGGUUCUAUUUUCUUGUAUUUUUCCAUUUUAAUUUGCUUCAUAAUUUAACAGAAUCUCCUGGUCUUAGGUAUUAUUUCUCAAUUUUGUGCUGAUGCGCAUGUGUAUGAGAACUGGAGAGGUAAUUUAUUGGAAUGAACUAACUGACUUCCCCCAGCCCAGCCCCUUUUCCUUUUUUGACAUGAAUUUUACAAAUGAAGAAUGAUGUUGCAAAGUUAAUGUGGCAAAGUUGACAAAGACCACUAAAAUGAUUAUGAUUUAGAAGUAACUUUUUCCUGCUGCUCUAAUCUGAAAAAUGGUUACUCUAUGAUGUUUUUUUACAUGGUAUUUGGUUUUGGGUAUCUGUUACUUUGGCACUAUUCUUGUUUGCCUCUUAUUAUUUUUGCCAGUGUACUAUACCUCA